UAUUAGGAAAUCGUUAAUGCUGCUAAAAUAUUAUUUCGCAACAGGGGAAGGACUUGAUAAUUUCUGGCAAGUUCUGGUAGAAGGCAAAAACUGUGUUCAAGAAAUACCUCCAGAAAGAUUUGACACAACAGAGUGGUAUGAUACAGACAGCAACAAACAAGGAAAAACAACCACAAAACAUGCAGCCUUUAUUGACGAAUUUAACACAAUUGACAACAAGCUUUUUGGAAUUAAUGAUGUGGAAGUGGAGUAUAUGGAUCCACAGCAGAAGUUACUCCUGGAAUGCACUUAUAGAGCAUUGGAAGAUGCAGGAGUCACUAGAGAAAAUAUUAAUGGUUCCACAACUGGAGUUUUUGUUGGAAUGAUGAACCAAGAUUAUAGAAUAAUAAGGAGCAGGACGAGCUGUACAAUUAACCAUUAUGAUGGCACUGGGACAGCAAUGAGCAUCGCUGCAAACCGGAUUUCAUAUACCUUUAAUCUGACAGGACCUUCAAUUGCCAUUGACACAGCUUGUUCCUCAUUUCAUUAUGCUUUACACUUUGCUUUGCAUGCAAUUAAGCAAGGAGAUUGUGAGGCUGCUCUUUGUGCUGGCGUUAACUGCAUUAUUGAGCCCCGUGUUUUCAUAUCGCUCAGUAAAGCAAAGAUGAUUUCUCCAGAAGGAAUUAGCAAACCCUUUUCUACAAAUGCUGAUGGAUAUGGAAGAGGAGAGGGCUGUGCAGUACUUCUGCUGAAACCUUUAAAGAAAGCACAGGAAGACUUCAGCAAAAUAUGGGGAGUUAUCAGCAUGAGUGCUGUCAAUCAAAAUGGAAGGUCAGUCACUCCGAUCACCAGACCAUCUCAGCAGGAGCAAGAAAAUUUGCUACGCAGAAUUUAUCCAGUGCAUGUUGAUCCGUCCAUAGUACAAUAUGUUGAAGCACAUGGCACAGGAACGCCUGCGGGAGAUCCUGUUGAAGCAGAGAGUGUAGGCAAUGUCCUUGGUAAAAAGAGGCCUUCUAACUUCCCGCCUAUCAAGAUUGGCUCCGUGAAAGGGAACAUCGGACACACAGAGUCUGCGGCUGGGGCAGCCGGCUUAAUCAAAGUCCUUCUCAUGAUGCACCAUGGCAAGAUUGUUCCCUCCUUGCACUUUUCAGAAAGCACUAGUAGCAUCAAUACAGAGAAAUUAAACCUUUCCAUUCCAACAACAGUAGAGAAAUGGGAUGAGCCCAGUGAAUUUGGAAGAAUAGCUGGGAUCAACUCUUUUGGAUUUGGAGGAACCAAUGCCCAUGUGGUUGUGAGACAGUUUAAGCAAACCCAAGUUCUUCCUUCAGUCAAAAGGCCUGUAGAAUUAUUUCUUAUUUCUUCAGCUUCUGUUAAUUCUCUCAAAUUGACCAUGGAAGACAUGGCUAGAUAUCUUAAAACAAAAGACACCAUAGCACUGCCAAAUCUGGCCUAUACUUCAGCAUGUAGAAGAAGUCAUGUAACCUACAAACACAGAAAAGCAUUUGUGGUAUCAUCUCUCCAACAGUUAGAACAAGAACUUGUUUCUGGGGCAGAAAUGGAAAUAGUUCCUGCAAAGAAGCCUCCACAGCUGGUUUUUGUAUUCUCUGGAAAUGGCCUGAAUGUGAAAGAGGCAUUUGAGCCUUUAUUGAAAUCCGAGCCAAUCUUUAGAGAAAAAUAUAAUGAAAUUAAAGCAAUAUUUCAAAAAUAUUCCACGAUAGAUAUUUUUGAAUUAAUGGAAAGAGAACAGGAGGACUUAUCAAGUCCUAAGAUUGCCCAGCCCUUAAUCUUCACGUUGCAGGUAGCUUUGGUUACCCUUCUGCAAUAUUGGGGCAUCAGGCCAAUUGCAGCUGUUGGGCAUUCGGUUGGAGAAGUGGCUGCUGCCCAUUGCGCUGGUUUGAUUUCCCUGGAAGAUGCUGUCAAAGUCAUCCAUCACAGGAGCAGGCUUCAGGCUAAGGCCACUGGGGGUAAAAUGCUAGUUGUCGGGAAUAUCCCUGUUCAACAAGUGUCAGUGGCCCUUGGUGCAUACUCUGGCAAAGUCUGCAUAGCAGCAUUUAACAGCCCUCAAUCUUGCACAUUGUCAGGAGAUGCUGGUGCCAUUGAUGGUCUUCAAAAGCAUCUAGCUGAGCAUUUUGGUAGAAGAAACAUAUUUCUUCAUGUCUUAAAUGUUCCAGCUGCAUACCACAGCCACAUGAUGGAACCAAUAUUGACAGAGCUGGCAACAAGUCUGUCAGAUUUAAAGAAAGGGAAUCCAGAAAUAGACUUGAUUUCAUCGACAACAGGGAAAGCUGCUUCAGAUGGUGAUUUUGUCACUGGCAACUACUGGGCCAGACAGGCUCGAGAAGCUGUUUGUUUUGCAGAGGCCAUCGUGACAUCAGCAAAGGACAGAGACAAUAUUGCUUUCGUAGAAAUAGGACCACAAAGAGCCUUGCAGUUGUACAUACAACAAAUCUUAGGCACUCAGACCAAAGUAUUUCCUUCUUUGCAAAUUUUCAGAGUGCAUGAAACACUUCUCAAUCUCGUAAAAGGCCUCUUUGAACUGGGAUUGAAUCCAUCCUGGGACCAUCUCUUUGAGGGUUAUCAAGGUAUACCAGCAGCCUAUCCCAGGUAUCAGUUUGAUCAUAAGACACUCGGGUCAUUAAAUAACCAGGACAGACAGACAACUGAAAGAGCUAGAAACUCAAAUCAUCUCUUAAUCCACAGUGUUAACAAUGAUAACACCGAAUUCAAGUGCUCUUUAUCCACGGCACUAACUCCUUACCUGUUUGAGCACAAACACAAUGGCGUUGCUCUCGUCCCUGGGGCUUUUUUUGUGGAGCUUGCUCUGGCUGCUGUGCUGACUGGCUCCAGACCAAAAGUGCCCAUAAAUCUAUAUCAACUAAGCAUUAAGUUCAUCUCACCCUGUGUUUUAAAUGUAGAUCCCCAUGAUUUAAAGGUAAAACUGGACUCACAAAAAGAAGGAAGAGAUUUCAAAAUACUGUCUUCUUCAUCAGAGGCGGUUUACACAUCAGGACGAAUCAAACAGAACCCAGAAGUCUGUCUCGAAGAAAAGAGCAUUGCAUGUAAAGAUAUUUUUCAGCGGUGUAAAUUGUGUGUCAGCAAGAAUGAAGUGUAUAAAACACUGUCAAAAUUUGGAUUUCAUUAUGGUUCGAUAUUCAAGCAGCUCAAUGAUGUAUUCCUUUGUGAAGAAUUGAAGGAAGCAAUAACCACGAUCAAAGUGAGCAAAGAGAUUAGGGAAGAAAUGCAUGAGUAUUUUAUCCAUCCAGUGCUCUUAGACUGUAUUAUGCAAAUGACAGGAGUCGUGACUCUAAAAUUUUCCAAAAAUGGCACGUGGUUUCCAUCAAGCAUAAACAGUUUUGUAAUUCUUCGGCCUUUAGAGGAGGAAAUGAAGAUGUAUUUGAAAAUCAACAAAUUGACUGAGAACUACCUAGAGUUUUGUGGCUGCUUCACAGAUAAACAUGGCUCUGUUUUGGUUGAGAUGAAACGAGUUGGGAUAACCCUCAUCAAGGAAACAUCCAGGAAUGAAAAAAAUUUGCUCUUUGAAAAUAAAUGGAAAGGAGCUCCACAUUCUACGAUGAUCCAAACCCCAGGAGAAGCACCCAGAUUUGCAGUCUUAGCUGACAAGACCGGAGUGUCUCAACAGCUGAAAAAAUACUUGCAUAAAAGUUCUACCUUUCUGAUGUAUGAAGAGUGGGAGGAAUUAUUAACGUCCGGGAACCCCGAAUCCCCUUCUCUGGACAAAAUGAAGACCCAAGUACAAGAGUGCAGUGAUGUUUUGUUUAUGUGGGGAAUUCAAAGACUGAAUGAAAAAACACCAGAUGCCAUUGUUGCAAGUUUAUCAAAGUGCUGUGAAGCUUUCCGUCAAGUUGUUAUUGCAUUGAAAGAAAAGAGUCACCCUCAAUCUUCCAUCAAGCUCAUCACUUACAGGACUGCAGACAGGAAUGUCGACCACGUGAACCCUGGCUUUGCUUUGUAUGGCAUGGUACGAACUUGCAUGCUUGAAGCUACGGACAUUGCUUUCCAGAUGAUUGAUAUCAGCUCGACAAGUACCAUGGACAUCCUGGCCUUAGUGGAUGUUUUAGGAGGAUACAAAGCAGAUCUCUAUCCUGAAAUCUGGAUUAAUCAGGGGAAUAUCUACACUUCUGAAAUCAGGCGCACUCAGGUUAAAGAUGUGACCAGCAAUAAUCUUUCCCGGUCUACUCAUCAUAACUCUAAGCUGGAGUCAUUCCGUCUUUAUACAUGUGAGCCUAAUACAACAAGAGGCAUGUUUGCUGAGAAGUCUAAUUACACUGAUUUUCCUCUUGACAAUCACAGUGUAGAAUUGGAAACUGAAAGAAUACAUAUCCACACUGAAGAGUAUUAUCCGGUUAGUGUUUGCAGCAGUAACUUUGGAAAUGCCUUGUACUGGAAUUCUCAUACUGUUGAUAAAUACCAACUCAUGGCUUUGGACUACAGUGGGAAGGUCGUUGCAACAGGCCCUGAUGUGAAGAAGCUCAAAGUGGGGGAUGAUGUUGUUUCAUGCUAUCCAGUGGCUGGAUCUUCAAGAGUCAUUAUUCCAGAAGCAGUAUGUUUGAAAACCCGAAAAAUGCCAUGUUUUGAAACGGUGCCCUGUAUGUCUUUUUUCAGGAUAGCAUGGGAAAUUGUGCAUCAUUUGCUACCAAUAACCAAACAGAACAGAUCCUUGGGCAUUAUGUCUCCUGAGCCAGAGUCAGUGCUGUGCAAAGUCCUUGCUCACUCAGCCGGGGAAGCCGGCUGGAAAACAGUGUGCACAAUACUUGACGGCAGGCUGCAGGAACGUGUAGCUCAGUGCAAUGCACUUGUUUUUUUGGCUCCUGUGGAUAGAUUACCCAAAGAAAAAUUAGUUAAUCUCCCACAUCUCCGGGAUGUUGUAGUCCUACCUGAUAACCACCAGUCUGAAUGCAUAAGAUCUCUGGUCGGAAAUGAUCAUGAAAACUUUAGAAUUCAUCUUCUCAACCUUGCCACCAUUUUCCAGAAAGCUUCUUUGAAGCAUUCCCAGAAGGCUUUCUCCAACUGGCUGAAAUCAAUAGAACUGAAGCAAUUUAGGAGCACUCCCUGUUCCAUUUUCCAACAGGCAGUGAACAGUGAGAGGACAGACACCACGACAACAUCCACCUUUACCUGCAGGUCUGUCCCGCUUGCUGUGCUGAAAGGCAACGUGCAAAAAAGCAGUAUUUCUGACAUACCAAUGUAUGAGUCCCAAAGGAAAACAUUUAAGCACAAUGCUGUUUAUAUUGUCACAGGAGGUCUCACCGGACUUGGCUUUGAAACCGUGAGAUUUAUUGCUCAAAACGGAGGAGGACGCAUUGUCAUUCUAUCCCGGAGAAAGCCCAGUCUUGAGAAGCAAAAUGAAAUACAUAAUAUAGAGAACCAGAAUGAAGGGAGCCGGAUAGUCAGUCUGCAGUGCAAUGUGAUUUUUACUCCUGAAGUUAAGCGUGCCAUGGGUGCUAUCAGCAAAGUUUUUCCAGACUGUCCAAUCAAAGGUGUAUUCCAUAGUGCUAUGGUUUUACAUGAUGCAGUCCUUGAAGCAUUGACUCUUGAUACAUUUGAGAAAGUUUUAAGUCCAAAGGUUGCUGGAGCUAUCAAUCUUCACUAUGCCACUGAAGGGCAGGAUCUCGACUACUUUGUGUGCUAUUCAUCCAUCUCUUCCUUUUUGGGGAACUCAAUGCAAGCCAACUAUGCUGCUGCCAAUUCCUUCCUGGAUCUUUUCUGCCAUUACAGGAGGAACUAUGGAUUGCCAGGACAAGCCAUCAACUGGGGCGCCUUGAAUCUUGGAGUAUUGGAAGAUCAAAAUGACAUUCAAAAUCUUUUGAAAUCAAGAGGUAUCGUAACUCUACAACUGAAUGAAAUUUAUGAGUAUCUGAAAACAAGCUUACUUCUGAAUAAUCCUCAGCAAGCUGUUGCAAAGCUGAACUUCAGGGCUUUGAGCAGUCAUUACUUUUCUCGAAAUUCAGCAUUUAAAAGCCGUAUGUAUACUAUCAUUGGAGAAUUCAUGGGAAAUGAUGUUGAGCUGCCAAGAAAACAUGAAGCUCAUGCUUUGGCUCCUGGGAAAGCUGAAAGCUAUGUCAUGUCAUUGGUGAGUCAGCUCACUGGCAUAGACGCAAGUGAUAUCUCAAUGAAUACAUCCCUUUUAUCUACUGGAAUAGAUUCUAUGUUAGCUAUGUCUUUACAGAAUCACAUUUUUCAGGAACUAAAGGUUGAUGUGCCCCUUGUGAAGUUACUUGACCCAGAGACUACAGUACUUAGGUUAGCAUCACUUGUGGAAGAGAAAUCCAUGGAGGCCAGGAUUUCAAAAAAUGAGAACUACUGAAAAGGAAACACAAAGAUCUUUUCUUGUUAAAAUGUUGAUAAGAUUUCUUUUUAAAAAAUACUAUACUACUAAUAAUAAAAAUGCUUGAUUUAAAUUUGAUGGCAAUUUGUUCUUUUAUGUCAGUUUCUUUAUACCACCCAUUUUGGAAUACUUUCUUUGCAAUAUUUGUCAUAUAUUAAUGUUCAUUUUCAGGUGUUGCAACAUUUAAAACAGAGAGUUUAGGGGACUUUUUUUUUUACUCCUGGCCCUUUUAGAAGUAAUUUUAUUGUAGGAUUUAAGCUCAAAUACAUAAUUUCUGAUGACACCAUGCCUGUGUGUAGAGUUGGUAUUUGAAAUUGUACCUUGAACACAUAUACUGUAUAUUAUUCAACACAAUAAUUACAAGAAAGUAAAAUCAAAAUUCUCAAUUUUCAUGAACCAAAAUGCUUUUUUAUGUAAUGGGAACUUAUUACUAAAAUACAACCAUUAAAUAUACAAGUUUAUUAAGUAAAUUGUUUCAGGUUUUUACACAGGAAACUGAAGAAUGUAUAAGGUGAAAAUUUAAAUGUAUUUUUCCAAGAUCUAUGUUGACUGACAUACAAUCAAGUGUUAUGCUGAUUUUGAUACAUUAAUAAAUAUAUGCUACAUGUUUGUACUGAAUUCUGAUUUUCAGCCAAAUUUCAAAUGUUAUUACAGUUUUUAAUUUUAAUUUGAUCUCCCAUAUCCUCUCUGUUUUCAGGAUGCUUUCAUCCUGUUCCCAUGUUCUCUCGCCUCCCAUGGCUCCUUUUCAA